AUGACGAACAGAAGUGUUGCAAUAUUACGUUAUUUAUCAAAAGCAUAUCCAAUAGAAGAACACUGGUAUCCUCAAGAGGCACAAAAACAAGCUUUGGUAGAUGAAUUUUUGGAAUGGCAGCAUAUCGGAUUAAGAUUACCUUGCGGGAUGUAUUUUAUAACAAAGUUUUUGACGCCGCUAAAAACAGGUAAAUUUGCAAGUCCCGAAGAAAUUAAAAAAGUGAGCAAAGGAUGCGACGACGCUUGGAAUCGUUGA